GGAGCUUGGCCGGCUCGCUCCGCCGGAGGCUGCCGCCCGCAUCCCCAAACUUCGCCCCGGAACUUCGCCAGGCCGGAUGGAUCCAUGAGCGGCGGCGGCUUCUUGCUCCUGCUGGCCGCGGGCUCGGCUCGGCGAGCUCGGAGCCCGCCGGGGCGCACGGGCAGGGUUCGCGCCCUGGCACUGGAAUAAACCCCUGGAGAUUUCGCUGUUCCGGCCGGGGGGGGGCACCUAACACCCCCCUUAGCAGAUCGGGGAGGGGGGAUACACGUGCCCGCUCCUCUCGGACCCUCCUGCCUGUGGGGCGGAGGUGCCCCCUUUGCUGAGUGGGUCCCUCCCCUCCUGGGUUGGGGCUUUGCCCCCUUGGGUGCCCGGGGCUCAGGGCGCCCUGCGGGGGUGGGAGGGAGGCGCGGGGGGGCGGCGGGAGGAGCCCAGGGUAGCCGCCAGUGGUGCCCCCUUCCCCCGCCCGCCCUGAGCCGGGCGCCGCGGCAGGACCGCACGUGGCUGGAUUUGUUUGUCCCCGACCGCGGGGGUGGAUCCCGCACCGCGCACCGCGCACCGCACCGCGCCGACCGCCAUGGCCCCGCGACCCGCCGCCCUGCUCUGCUGCCUCGGCGCGCUGCUGGCCCACGCCCAGGGCAAGGUGCCGGCGCCCAGCUCGGAGCCCCCGGAGCCCUGGCCCCCCGCGGCGGCCGUGACCCUGCCUGUGAGCUACCGCCUCUCCAACACCCGCCUGGCCUUCUUCCUGAAGGAGACGGGGGCGGGGCCGGGGGGGAACGCCAGCGCCCCCCUGCAGCGCUCCGAGCCCUUCGUCGUCUUCCAGACCAAGGAGCUGCCCGUCCUCAACGUCUCGCUGGGGCCCUUCAGCACCGGGCUGGUCCUGCCCAAGGAGCAGCUCCAGCCCUCCAGCACCCUGGAGAUCCCCGACCGCCUCACCGUCAACUGGAAGGUGCGAGCCUUCAUCAUCCAGCCGCGGGUGCUGGCCAGCCAGCCCGUGGUCCAGGUGCUCUUCUACGUGGCAGGCCGGGACUGGGACGACUUUGACGUGACCGAGCGGCUGCCCUGCGUCCGGCUGCACGCCUUCCGCGAGGCCCGCGAGAUCAAGAGCUCCUGCCGCCUGCGGGGCAGCCUGGCCACCUGCCUGGUGCAGGCCGAGCUGCCCCACGCCUGGUUCGGCCCCUCGGCCGUGCCCCUGGGCAGGAGGAAGGCGCCGGAGGCCCUGGAGCUGAGCGGCGAGAGCCAGCAGGCCGAGCUGUACUACACGCUGCAUGCGCCCGACGGGGCCGGGGAGUGCCCCGGAGAGACGGCCCCGCGCCGGGGGGGCGGCGCUGCCCGGACCGAGGGCCCCACGCAGCACCCCCUGCUGCGCAUUGGCAGCAUCAGCCUCUUCCAGCCCCCGCCCACCCAGCUGAUGCAGGAGCACAGGCUGGACGGCAACAUCUUCAUCCGCCUGCCGGACAAGCCCCUCAAGCCGGGCGAAGUGCUCAGCAUCCUCCUCUACCUAAUGGCCAACUCCACCGUGGAGCACUUCACGCUCAGGGUGAAGGCCAAGAAGGGCGUCAACCUCGUCAACACCAAAUCCAGGAACCUCCAGUGGCUGGUGACCUCCGAGCUGCUGACGGGCGGGAAGCACUCCACAGCCACCGUCGACGUGGCCAAGGUCGACGGCGCGCUGCCCAGGGACGGGGACUCCUCCUACGAGAUCAUGCAGCUCGACUUCGAGAUGGAGAAUUUCACCAGCCAGGCCGUGACGCGGCGCAUCAUGUGGCACAUCGACUACCGGGGCCGCAACCCGCCGCCCGACCUGGAGAAGGUGGUGACGGAGCUGACGGUCAUUCAGCGGGACAUCCGCGCCAUCGUGCCCCUGGCCAUGGACACGGAGAUCAUCAACACAGCCAUCCUGACGGGCCGGACGGUGGCCAUCCCGGUGAAGGUCAUCGCCAUAGAGAUGACCGGCGUCAUCACGGACGUCUCGGCCGUGGUCGAGUGCAAGUCCAACAACGAGGACAUCAUCAAGGUGUCCAGCAGCUGCGACUACGUGUUUGUGAGCGGGAAGGAGACGCGCGGCUCCAUGAAUGCCCGGGUGACCUUCAGCUACGAGCACCUGAGCGCCCUGCUGGAGAUGACCGUGUGGGUGCCCAAGCUGCCGCUGCACAUCGAGCUGUCGGACCCCAGGCUGAGCCAAGUGAAGGGCUGGAGGGUGCCCAUCCUGCCGGACAGGAGGUCAGUGCGGGAGAGCGAGGAUGACGAGGACGAGGAUGAGCGGAAGCAGAACCGGGGCUGCACCCUGCAGUACCAGCACUCCACCCUGCAGGUCUUCACCCAGUUCCACACCACCUCCUCGGAGGGCACCGACCAGGUCAUCACCAUGCUGGGACCCGACUGGCUGGUGGAGGUCACCGACCUGGUCAGCGAUUUCAUGAAGGUGGAUGACCCCCGGGUGGCCCAGCUGGUGGACAGCAGCACGCUGGCCGGGCGGGAGCCGGGCACCACGCUCUUCAAGGUGGUGUCCCCGCUCAUGGAGGCAGUGCUGGGGGAGACGGUGGUGACGGUGGCGGACGAGAAGGUCAGCAUCACCGAUCUGAAGGCCCAGGUGGUGUCCAGCCUGUCACUCUCCCUCCAUCCCAGCCCCGGCAACAGCCACACCAUCGUGGCUAAGACGGCCGCCCAGCAGACCCUGAACUUCUCCAAGCAGGAAGCCCUCCUGAGCAUGUGGGUCUCAUACAGUGAUGGCACCACGGUCCCCCUCUCCCUCUACGACCCCAAAGACUAUAACCUGGUGGUGAGCAGCCUGGACGAGAAAGUGGUGUCGGUGACCCAGGACCGGGCCUUCCCGUUGGUGGUGGCGGAAGGCGAGGGGGCUGGCGACCUGCUGCGUGCCGAGCUGGUCAUCUGCGAGAGCUGCCAGAAGACCAAGCGCAAGAGCGUGCUCUUCACGGCGCUGGCCAGCGUGCGGGUGCGCUUCAGCUCCGAGGAGGACCCCACCUACGACUAUGGGGACGCCGGCCACGUGCCGAGCAAGCCGGGGACCUCGGGGAGGGAGGAGAGCGCGGCCAGCACCACCCUGCGGGCAGACGUGGAGAGGAAGCUGGAGCCCAGCCAGGACAGCGGAGCUCCCAGCAUCCCCCAUACCACUGAGGACUUCCCCACCAUCCCCACGGGCUUCGUGCAGGUGCCGCGGGGGCUGACGGACCUGGAGAUCGGCAUGUACGCCCUGCUGGGCGUCUUCUGCUUGGCCAUCCUGGUCUUCCUCAUCAACUGCAUCGUCUUCGUGCUGAAGUAUAGGCACAAGCGCAUCCCGCCCGAGGGCCAGACCAACAUGGACCACUCCCACCACUGGGUCUUCUUGGGCAACGGGCAGCCCCUGAGGGUCCAGAAUGACCUCUCCCCUCCGCCCGAGAGCCCCGGCAACCCGCUGGAGAGCGUCCAGACCUGCUGCCAUGGGGACCACCACAGCAGCGGCAGCUCGCAGACCAGUGUGCAGAGCCAGGUGCACGGGCGGGGAGAUGGCUCCUCGGGGGGCUCCACCAGGGACCAGAGCGAGGACCCGCUCAACUCACCCACCUCCAAGAGGAAGCGGGUGAAGUUCACCACCUUCGCCACGCUGCCCUCCGAGGAGCUGGCCUACAACUCCAUCCCCAUCGCCGACGAGGAGGACCUGGAGUGGGUGUGCCAGGACAUGGGGCUACAGGAUCCCGAGGUGCUCCACGACUACAUCUGCAGGAUCAAGGAGAUCGCUUAGCGGGCUGCCGCGCCCUGCCACACCACGCCAGCCGCCGCCUUCCGGCCGGGGCUUGAGCGGCUACCCCAGACCCUGACCACAGGAGCCGAUUUUCAAUACUCCCCUCCCUUUCCCUUUCGCUCGCUCUUCCGCGCACGGGGCUCCCCCUUCCGCCACUUUUUUUUUUAAUUUGAAAGAGAACAAGUGUCGAGCGAGCCAAACGGAGCGGGGGGACCCCUGGCGUCCCGAGGGAGCAAAGGGCCGCCUCUGCCUUCCGCCCACUCACCGCCAAAGUGCCGAGGUGCCUGCACGCUGCUUGCACAAACGCCCCCCCUCCUGCCGGGCGGUAGGUGGCGCCGUAGAGGGGAGCUGGUGCAGCGGGGGGCGCGGAGCCCCGCGUUAUGGGGCAGACACUGGUGGGGGUGCAGGAGCCAGAUAGAGCAAGAAGGGAGCGGGGGCAGGCUCAGACCUGGAGCGAUAACGGUCAGCGUGGAGGGCUCAGCUCGGAUGUGCCCGCUCUCCACGUGCCCUGACGCUGCCUUGCCCUGCCCUGCGAACCACUGACCGAGCGGCGCGGCCUCCGAGCGAGCGUCGGCCACGACAGGCGAACAGGAUUUCUCUGCUUUACUUUGUUGCACAAUAAUGUUGAAUAAAUAUACAUUCAGGGAUCCCCCCGACGGGCCCGGUCCUGCCACCGGUGUCACGGGACACGCUGCUCUGAACGCCGGGGGGAGGGAGGGGAGGAGCGGGCGGGAGCAGCUAAGGACCAUUGGUGCCUCGGGAGUGCACCAGAAAGCUAGAGCUAAGCCCUGUGGCUUUGGCCCAGCCAGCCCCGCUGUCACCGCCCCCGGGGAAUACGCGGCCACUCCCUUUGCCAAUCAGCCCACGUCUGGCCCUGCUGCCUGUGCCAGGCCCUGGGCUCCUCGCUCCCGUCCGGGGCCUGUUCCCGCCACAUGUAGCUUCGCUUCUGAAAAGCCAGGGGAGGGAGGGAUUGGGGCCAGGGACCCCGUUGGCCUCCGAACCCAACCCCAAAGCUCCUGAGCUGCUUGGGAAUCUAAAGCCGAGGUUCUCGGCCCCGGGCCACGCUCUUGCUGCUGCUCCCAGCUCCUCGGUCCCGGGCCCGCCCCCGCUUGCCUUUUGUAGUCCCGGCGCGUGUGCCUUACACAAAUGGAAGCACAUGCAGAAGUGGCCCCAACCGGCACGUCAAGGGUCCCCUCGGCUGGCGCGCCCCAGGCGUGGGUUCUCCGCCAAGGCCGCUGGCCUCCGGCCCAUGGCGGGGCGUGGGGUGAGCUGAGCUCCCAGGCCGCAGGCUUCAAGAGGCUGCGCUGCCUCAUGUUUGAAGCACAAGCCUGGGCGUCAGCUGCCUUGGGUCCCAUUCGCGAGCCAAGCUUGAGUGAGUCACCCUCCCUGCACUGCCCCUGCCGUGCCUCAGUUUCCCCUCUGUCCAACAUAUGACUGUGGUUCUUUGGCUCCCCUGUCCUUCCCGGGUUCAACGCAGGCUGUAAUGGGAGGGAAUUGCUCGCUUCUCUGCCUUCUGCUGCCCAGGGCAAGCCCAAAGGCUGAGCGAUGGAUUGAGACCUCGCAGGCCAUGUAGCAACUCCCGCUGUGGCCCACUCCCUCACAUCCCCUGGGAAGGGGCAGCUGCUCCUGGGGAGAGGAGACGGUGCCAGCCCCACAGGAGUGGGGCACGGCUCUGAGUGAGCGGUUCAACCACGAUGCUGUGCCCAUAGCGCCAGGCCUGGUCCCAGUGGGCCUCCCAGAGCCAGGCCCGGCCAAGCUGCAGUCACAGGGUCUCUCCCCGCCACUGCCUCACCACCUUGAGGCCUCAAGCAUCUGACCCCCUCUGCCAGGGAGCCCGGAGUCUGGGCCUCUGCCAUCGCCACAUCCCCACGACUCUCACUGCGGGGCCUGAGAGGACAGUGGUGCCUGCGUGCUGCCCCAUGCCACGUCCCCGUCCCCCCACGACCAGACCAGGCGGUGGAGACACCGGCGCUGACUAGCAGAGGGGCAGGAGCGCAGAGCUGCUCCUGCCAAGGCGGGGAGGGGUGUCAUGUUCUCUCUCGAAUGGGCUUUACCCA